AUGCCAUUGAAAGAAGAAACGCAUUCAGAUCAACAUUACCAAUCACCACUCGUCGUCGGAAUACGAAUUUCAAUUUCCGUCGCAUUUUCUGUUUAUUGGAAGUUCUUUUACAACACCAGCCGUGCCAAUUUUCACCCCGUAUUUCUUUCCUGUGGAGGUCCCCGGCGUUGUUCAGAAAACAGCAGCCCUGCUGUAGGCAUUUUUAGUGCCGCCCAAUCCCCGCACACCCAACACUGGAUACGCAAAAGCACCCAGCACUGGAUACGCAUAAAAAUAAAAAUAUCUGCGCAUAAAGUACCCGAAGCCUAGGACUCUGGACGGCCAAAGCCUAAUUGACAUGCUUAUGGUCUUCUUCAAUGAAGAUGGAGAAGCGAAAAAACGCCUCUGUGUACUUAGUUUUUUUGAAGCCUCCACAGCACGUUUUUUUUUUCAACCUCCCGCCCCCACAUUGUAGCCCAAUAGGUGAGUGCCGCUAUCAUAGAUCUUUUCUUCGUCCGACUGCGUAUCUAUAGAGCUUAAGUAAGGUAAUAUUUAAUCUACUUCUACUAUGUCUUGGGCUUGGAGCGAACAGGAACAACCAAGCUUCAUGAUAUCUAGACUAUAUUUGCCAGUCGGACGAUGACGAUCAUUUAGAUUGUAGCGGUCUCCUUCUGCGUGCCCAACCCAUACCCGGAAGUAGUUUUUUUAUAUCUCUAUUUGUAGUCCCACCCUGAACGAGUAAAGACGCAAAAAAAAAGCGCUAUAAAAGCGCCAGGGCGCUCGUUCAAAACUCUUAUCCCCCAUUUUAGCAGCUUUGUGAAGUCGAGCAGGUAAACAAUAAGAAGAUAGGCAGAAUAGUUCGACAACAAUUAUCCGCAAAGCAGUUUUUUCGAAAUCUUUUUCGACCCCCACACGAUGAAAGCCAGAAGCUAGCACUUUCGGGAGACGAGAACUUCCUAAACAGGAAGGGAUGGCGUUGCUGCUCAGGAGAUAGCACAAAGUGAAUGCUUCUAAACGGUUUUCGAAUAGUUUUACCCGACCCGUCCCC